AUGCGGGGAAGGAGGACGGCGGCCAGACGCGGCGCGGACCAUACGGUAACACUGCUGUACAUCUGGACGUGGUCUGUUAAGAAACUAGAGGAGUCACACAAGUGCAACGCUAGUGGUGGCGAGGCCCACACGAAGUCUUGGCUUGCGAGACGAGCCACGGUUUCCAAAGUAUGUGACCACCCACUGGUGUCCAGUCUACCACCUUCAUCCUUCCGAAGCUCUUCUCAGCUGUCCAGCAGCCAUGGGCCAGGAUUUGCUAAGGUCAAUAGGAGAGAAGGAGCUGGAGGCUGGUCUCCUCUGGACUCCGACAGGUACCAGUGGUUGGAGGUGGACCUCAGCGGGUUGACUGAAAUCACCGCCGUGGCCACACAGGGACGUUAUGGCAGCUCGGACUGGCUCACGGCUUACCUGCUGAUGUUCAGCGACACGGGACACAACUGGAGACAGUACCGCGAGGAGGAUGGUAUAGGGGCCUUUCCAGGUAACAGUAAUGCAGACAGUGUGGUCCAGUACAAACUCCAGCAACCCGUGAUAGCUCGCUACCUGCGUCUGAUCCCUCUGGACUGGAAUCCCAGUGGGCGGAUUGGACUCAGGCUGGAGACAUAUGGAUGUCCUUACACAUCUGAUGUGGUGAGCUUUGAUGGCAACAGCAGCCUGCUCUUCAGGUUGUCCGGGAGUCCCAGGCCCAGGCAGACAACCACAGAGACCAUUUCACUGAGGUUUAAAACCCUGAGGAAUUCAGGGAUACUUCUCCAUGCAGACGGACAAAGAAAUCACAGCUUCACUCUGGUGUUGGAGAAAGGAAAGCUGCAUCUUUACUUGCAGCAAGGUGGCUCCCUGAGUGGUAUGACCCAGCGUCAUGUGUCUCUGGGCAGCCUGCUAGAUGACCAGCACUGGCACCAGGUGAAGGUGGAGCGGCUCAGUUCGCACAUCAACCUCACCGUGGAUAGAACCACACAGCGGGUCCAGAUCCCAGCGCAGCUCAGCCACUGGGCUCUUCAUCAGCUGAGUGUAGGCGCAGCUCAGAGCCACGAGUCUCAGAAACCAGUCCCCCCCAACACAAACUUCCAUGGCUGCCUGGAAAACCUGCUCUACAACAGUCUCAACCUGAUAGACCUGGCUAAAAAGAACAACCGCCAGGUUGCUGCAACGGGCAACAUGACCUUUUCCUGUACUGAGUCAGUUUCCGUGGCCGUGACGUUUACCGGCCCCCAGAGCUUCCUCCGGCUGCCGGGAGCCAGAAGACGCCCAUCCGGGGUCAUGGCAGUGGGGCUUCAGUUUCGGACAUGGAACGCAAUGGGGAUGCUGUUGACCUUUGACCUCCCCCAGCAAGACGGCGUGGUCUGGCUGUACCUGAGUGAGGCCAGCCUUUGCUUACAGGUCCAUAAGAAUGGGAGGACCCUGCAGGACCUCCGCAUUGGCUCAGGUCUAAACGAUGGUCAGUGGCAUUCUGUGGAGAUGAGUUUUAGACCAGACCGUUUGGCCAUCACAUUGGACAAAGAGGAAGAAGCAACCGCCUCCACAAGUGCCUCAUUUCCUUCCGUCACAGGAAGUGACAUCUUCUUUGGCGGGUGUCCUGCUGAGGAGCACACCCAGGGGUGUAGGAGCCCAUUCGACGCUUUCCAGGGCUGCAUGCGUCUCGUGACUCUGGACCACCAGCCGGUUGACCUGAUCAUGGUGCAGCAAAGGCUCCUGGGAAACCACAGCCACCUACAGAUUGACAUGUGUGGCAUCAUUGACAGGUGCUCUCCCAGUUACUGUGAACACGGAGGUAAAUGUACUCAGUCGUGGAGCACCUUCCACUGUAACUGUUCCAGCAGCGGCUACAGAGGAGCCACCUGCCACAGCUCAAUAUACGAGCAGUCUUGUGAGGCAUACAAACACAAGGGCAUUACGUCCGGACAUUAUUUCAUUGACGUGGACGGCAGUGGACCAAUCAACCCCCAGCUCAUCUACUGCAACAUGACAGAGGAGAAGACAUGGAUGGUAAUCCAGCAUAAUAACACAGAGCUGACCAGGAUACGGCCCUCACCGGGGAGAAACCAGCAUUUUGCCCGCUUCGACUACUCUUCUGAGGACGUGCAGCUGGCAGCCAUCAUUAGCCAGUCAGAACACUGUGAGCAGGAAUUGUCCUACCACUGCAGGAAGUCCCGCCUCCUCAACACAUCAGAGGGAUCCCCUUUCAGCUGGUGGUUAGGAGGUUCUAACCCCGGAAAGGUCCAGACUUACUGGGCCGGGGCGCCUCCAGGAAGUCGCCAGUGUGCCUGUGGCUUUCAGGAAAAUUGUCUUGAUCCGAAACACGACUGCAAUUGUGAUGCAGAUUUGGACCAAUGGGCCAAUGACUCAGGCCUGCUGACGCAUAAGGAGAGCCUCCCAGUCAGGUCUCUGGUGUUUGGGGACAUCCGAAGACCAGGCUCAGAAGCUGCAUAUCAAGUGGGACCCCUCUACUGUCAUGGCGAUAAGAAUUACUGGAAUGCCGCCUUUUUUGACAAGGAGACGUCCUACCUCCAUUUCCCCACGUUCCACGGAGAGCUAAGUGCAGAUAUUUCCUUCCUUUUCAAAACCACAGCCUCCUCUGGGGUCUUCCUGGAAAACCUGGGCAUCAAGGAUUUCAUCCGAAUCGAGCUCAGCUCCUCCACAGAGGUCCUGUUCUCCUUCGACGUGGGGAAUGGGCCGCUGGAAGUGCGCGUGGAGGCGGGUGGCCCGUUAAACGAUGACAGAUGGCACAGCGUGCGAGCGGAACGGAACGUCAAGGAGGCGUCGCUUUGCGUUGACGAGCUCGCUGCCACCACACAGGAGGCUCCUGCUGACGGACACAUCCAUUUGCAGCUUAACAGCCAAUUAUUCAUAGGAGGCACAGCAUCCAGGCAGAAGGGUUUUCUGGGCUGCAUCCGCUCUCUGCAGCUGAACGGUGUCAUGCUGGACCUGGAGGAGAGGGCCAAGAUCACCCCUGGGGUCCAGCCCGGCUGUCCGGGACACUGCAGCAGCUACGGGUCGCUCUGCAAGAACCAGGGCCGCUGUGUGGAGAGAUCCGAUGGCUUCUCCUGUGACUGUGACUUGUCGCCCUACACCGGAACCUUUUGUCACAAAGAGGUGGCUGCCAGCUUCAAGUCUGACACGUCGGUCAUCUACACCUUCAAGGAGCCCUAUGAGCUGAACAAGAACAGCAGCGUCUUGCCCUCUUCCAUCUACACUGACUUGACCCUGAGGGAGGAGAGCAUCUCGCUGAGCUUCAGGACCAGUCAGGCCCCAGCUCUCCUCCUCUACGUCAGCUCCUACUACAGAGAAUACCUGGCCCUGUGCAUCAACAAAAACAGUGAACUGGAGGUGAGGUACAAGCUGCACAACAACAGAGAUGCGGUGGUGUUGAGGAGCAGCAUCAGGAACCUGGCCAAUGGACAGCUGCACACAGUCAUCAUCAGGAGGCUUGCAGACUUUGUUUCUGUCCAGGUUGACCAGAGCACUAGGGACGACUUCAACCUGACGUCAGACAUCCAGCUCAACGCCAUCAGGUCGCUAGUUCUGGGGAAAGUGCCUGACUCUGGCGAUUUAGAUCCGGAGCUGGCCAGGUUGGCAUCGCAAGGUUUUACUGGCUGUCUGUCAGUGGUCCACUUCAACUCCAUCAGCCCGCUAAAGGCUGCUCUGCUCCGACCUGACACCAGCCCCGUCGUCAUCACAGGCCCACUGGCCCAGUCCAGCUGUGGUUCCUCUUCUGCAGCCAGCCCUUAUCCAGCGGAGACCACACACUCGGCGUCAGACCAGCCUGGUUCAGUGGAUCCAGGUCAACCAUUAGUCAAUGCCAUCAGGAGUGAUUCAGCACUAAUUGGAGGUGUAAUAGCAGUGGUGAUCUUUGUCGCCGUGUCGGCGCUGGCGGUAGUAGCCAGAUACCUGUACAGGAGGACAGAGACAUACCAGAGCCAAGAGGUAAAGGGAGCUCCGCUGGAGGGCAGCCCAGGUUUUCCUUUCAACGGCCUGGCAGACUCCCAGAAUGUCCCCAGUUAG